UCUCGAGGUGAAAAAUGAAUUAAGCCAGGCAGUUAAGCAGGAAACACCAGCCGCGGAAAUACCGACCAUGGCUCAUCAUCAACUACCGGAAUACGAUGACCAGUCCGACAACUGGAAGGCUUACAUCACGAAGGCAGAAGCUUAUUUUGAGGCAACUGGCGUCAGUGACUCGGGAAAGAAGAGAGCGCUGCUGGUAGCAGCAUUGAGUACGCGCACCGUGCAAGUGCUCUCAGGACAGGUUGCACCGAGGAAGCCAAACUCGCUUAGGUGCGAGGAAGCAGUCAAAGUUUUGGAUGACUACUUCGACCCCAAGCGUCAUGAAAUAACGGAGAGCUAUCGGUUCUUCAAUCGCUGUCAGUUGGAAGGAAGCAGCCGUACCCCCGCCAUUAAUACCGUCCUGUCAGAGUUCAACGACGUCUUCAGCCCCGAGCUGGGUCUAAUUGACGGACACCCUGUCCAUCUGAAGGUCAAGGAAGGCGCCAUGCCGAAAUUUUACCACCAGCCGCUGGUGGGCCUGCUGAAGGCGGAUCGACCAACUCCAGCAUUGGCAGCCGCCAGAAUACAGCGCUGGGCGCUGUACUUAGGCGGAUUCCGCUAUCAGCUUCAAUACUCUCCUGGGCCAGCCAACGAAGCAGACGAGUGGCCACUGCCAUUGCCUGAAGCUACCGUGUACGCCCGCAACUUCGGAACGGGUGAGAAAUGGACUCCAGGAAUUGUAGAGUCUACAACUGGCUCUCGGAUGGUGAGCAUUCGAACACCAGCCGGAUCAGUAAGACGACAUGUUGACCAGGUGCGGAACUGGGAAGAUGCGACGCCACCACUUGGUAAAGACCAAGAAGCGGCAAAUCGAGAAUCAAGAACAGGUACUCCUCGCGACUACCCAUUGUCGCCGAGAACGCCAGCCGAACAAGGGGGCAUAACAGAACCUGAGCAUGAACUUCAGCCGGAACUCGCAGGGAGCAACGCUGAACCCGUCAGAUCACCCCAAGCCUUGCGGCGCUUUACACGUCAAAGAAAACCAGUGCAGCGACUUCAGUAUUAAGGGAGAAGAGAUGUUGUAAAGUGACGUCAGCCGCAA